AUGGAUCAAAACAAUCAUUUUUCACCUCCAAUGAUAUCGGUUGAAAUUACUGAUGUGGAACAUGCUCUUAUUUUGAUGAUGCGAUCUAUGAGCUUAGAUCAAAUAAUAUGUGUUAUGAUGUUGAAUAACUUUUUACCAAAGGAAUUACCUAACAAAUUCAAUCAUAUUGUAAAUAUAAUUAAUUUAUAUUUUAUGAAAUGUUAUGAAAUCCAUACGAUUAAAACAUUGAUUGAAUUCAUUUCUACACAUUCAGUGUAUAGUCAACUGUUCCAACAACAUUCAUUAAGCGAUAUGAUGCAAAAAUAUAAAGUAAAUAAUAUCGCUGAAUCGGAAGGUGUGAAUGAGUUAUAUUUGAAACCAUAUACAACAGAGUGUAUUCGAUGUAAAAAACAAUUAAAGGCAACGUUUUCUCAUCGAUCAAAGACUAUUAUGUCGCUUGCACGGACGUACAAGGCACUUGUCAGUACUUGCGUUUGCCAAGAUUGUAACAUUCGAAUAUUUCCUAAUUUUUACAUUGAUAACAAUAAGAAAAUUUUCACGGUUGAGUCAAUCAAAAAUGAUCAAUACGUUUAUUUAAAUGGAAAUCAAAUUUUCGAACAAAACCUACUAAUCGAUUUUGAUCACCAACUAAUCCAGAAUACUGUCUCAUUUGAGGGAUACACCAAUGCAUAUAAUGCGAAAAUCAAAAUGAUUUUAGAAAGACAAAAUGGUCAGCGUAGCAUGACAUAUCUUAAUGAAAAAAAUUUUCAAAUGACUUGGCUAUUGGUUAAUAUUGUUAAAUUUUCUUUUAUGACUACCAAUGACAAAUCUAUUGCUAUACCAAUGUCUGUCCGUGACGUUGACGAAUGCAAUGACUAUUUUUUAAUGAUCAAGUCUGAUCUUUAUGAAAAAUUUGUUAAGUUUUGGACGAGACACCAACGAUUCACAAAAACAUGCGAUCCUGCAACGUGCUCAAGAGUAUUUAUUGUGGAUGGUCAUCAAAAAGCUAAUCGACUCAUUUGUCAACACAAAGACAUAUUUGAUAAUACUAUACCUGAACUUGGUCCAGUGCAAAUGGGAUGCCUUUAUUCUCCCCUGAGAAAAGCUUCUAAUAUUGAUCACAGAUUCUGUCAACAUCAUCAACCGUCGAAAGUGCUAUCAAGUGCAAUGUGCCAUAUGAUUCAUGAGAAUAGAGAAACUGAUCUAGAUAAAUUAGCACUAGCUCAGUUCAUUGAUAAAGAUGGUCGUUUUAAUGAUGAAUUGUGUAAUGUGUUCAGAUCUGGGAUUAAUAACAAAUCAAAGAUAAGUUCAUAUGGAUUUCUAGCUACUUUCUUAAACUGUUCGGUUAUUGUUGGAUUCACAGAACAACCAUGUGCUGAGGGAAUGAGGCGGGUUCUUCAUCAUGUAUUAACCAUUAUGCGAUUCGGCCCAUUACCUGCAGCAAUGUGUUAUGAUUGCGCAUGCACGCUGAAGCUCUUUGUUGAUAAACACUUCGGGUCAGACAAUUUGAAAUCGACGAAUUUUACUGCAUUUCUUCCGUCAUUGCCUAUGGCGAUUGACAGAUUUCAUGUCAAAAAUCACAAAAGAGCAAUGUGCAAAACAAUAAUGCGGCCUGAUCAUGAGUGCCAUAAGGGUGUAUACAAUGCUAUCAACACACAAGUUGCUGAGCAAGGUUUUUCUUAUUUGUCUAAGUUCAAAAACUCGUUUAGAGGAUACAACUAUCCAAAGUCAACAAUAUUUUUUACGAUUCUUUUUCACCUUAAAAAUUGUGCCGUAACUGGUAUUAGUUCAUUUGAACAAUCAGUAUAG